AUGACUGAUGAUCCUGGCACGUUUAAAUCAAAUGCUUCAUUGUAUUUUCUUAAGAAAUUGAUGGUGGUUAAUGUAACUGCUAGGGCUGUGAAUCCUGCUGAUUUAACCCCAAAUGAUGCUAAAGUCUUUAAUCCUCUUGAUAUAAUCACUGCUCUCUUUCUGUGUUCUGAUGGGUUUGUUCAGCAAGAGUUAGCACUAAAAAUGUCCAUGUGUCAGUUCUCUGUUCCUCUGCUGCUUCCUAACUCUGAUACUAAACAGAUCACCCUCAUGCUGUGGGCCAUGAGAGACAUUGUUAAAAAGUACAGACCUCCAGAUCUUUCAGCAUCAAAGGGCUUCAAAGAAGAAAGAAUCGUUCUUUCUAAGCUUCCAAUGAUCUCAUUUGUGAGACUGGGUGAGUGCUCCUUGUCCAAAUCAGAGAUUCUCAACAAACUUCUUAGUAACCCACAGCAGUACCAUGACACCUUUGUUCAUCACAACAUGGACUGUGGAGACAGUCCAAGAAGAAUAUCUGAUGGACUGACUGAAAUUACCUGGUACCUUCCCUAUGGAAACAAAAACAUGGACAUUUUUAGUGAGCCAGUGGCUAUAGCUAACCUUCGAGGUGACAUUGCUGCACAUGAAACACAAUACUCCUUUUUGUGUCAGACAUCUGCUGCAGUUUUUGUGUUUUUUGAUCAGCUGGAGUCUGAGUGCAAACUGCUGACCAAUAAAACCCACAAAGCAAAGAUCUUCUUGGUGGGAAACCAACAGAGCAAGGACUUUAAUUCAGAUGUUCUAAAGAAAAUAGCAAACAUGCUGAACAACAACAUCAUUAUAAAAACAAAAAAGACCAAUGAUGCAGACUUCCUGAAACGUUUGAGGACAACUGUGAGCAGUGUACUUACCAACCCAGGGUUGAAGAUGUCGAUAGAGCAGAUGGCCGACAUUGCACAUGAACUGGGAAUUUCUAUUGAUGAAGAUUCCCCAGAGUGCCAGACUGGGAAGAAAAAUGCAGAUGCCAUCACUGCAGAGAUUGAAGACACCUUUAAAUUUAAAGAAAAGCAGUUUCCUUUGCAAGGCCAGAUCUGGAAGGAACUGACUUUUUUGGAAAAGGAAGAAUUUCGUCUUCGAAAAAUUGGCUCUGAAGACAUAGAAAACUAUAAAAGUAAUCUUAAAAUGAAAAAAGAAGAGCAGCGUAGGAAGCAGAACUCCCAUGACAUGUCAGAUUUCAUGAAUUGCUUCAUUAGUGCAAUAUCUAGUAAAGAAAGAGGUUAUUUUCUGAAAUGGAUGCAAAUGAACCUCGACAACUUGUCUAGAAUAAAACUUUCCAGCCUCAGGGAGCUUUACAAGGAAAAAUGCAAGGACUCCGAGAACAAAAAUAAGAUUAACGAAAUUGACCAACAACUUUCCAACAGCUCACUGGGAGUUGAGCACUUUUUCCGUGAAAUGGGUCAGAUCUAUGAAGCUUCUCUUUACCUUCCAGAAACAGACCCAUCACGUCAAGAACUGCAACAUUUGCCCAAACUCUGUGCUCAGUUGCUGCUGGAUGGAUUUCCUCUGGAGCUUGUAGAUGGAGAUGCUUCCAACAUACCUCUCAGAUGGGUGAGUGACGUUCUCUCUCAGCUCAAUGACUUGGUGUCUCCAAAGAACAAGAUACUGGUUGUCACAGUUCUUGGAGUUCAGAGCACAGGAAAAUCCACUCUCCUUAACACCAUGUUUGGGGUGCAGUUUGCAGUCAGCAGUGGUCGAUGCACUCGAGGAGCCUUCAUGCUGCUCAUCAAAGUCAGUGAGGACUUCAAAAAAGAUCUGAACUGUGACUUUGUGGUGAUCAUUGACACUGAAGGCUUAAAGUCACCAGAGCUGGCACAGCUGGAUAACAGCCAUGAACAUGACAAUGAGCUGGCAACACUGGUUGUUGGGCUGAGUGACGUCACCAUUAUCAAUAUUGCAAUGGAGAAUUCAACAGAAAUGAAAGACAUCCUGCAGAUAGUGGUGCAUGCUUUCCUCAGGAUGAAGAAGGUCGGCAAAAAGCCUAAAUGUCAGUUUGUUCACCAGAACGUUUCUGAUGUUUCAGCCCAUGAGAAGAACCUACGAGACAGGAAGCUGCUCCUAGAACAGCUGAAUGAGAUGACCCAGGCAGCAGCUAAAAUGGAAAAGAAAGAGGAGAACAAGAACUUCACUGAUGUGAUGGAGUACAAUGUAGAUACUGGGAACUGCUACAUUCCUGGACUCUGGAAUGGAAACCCACCAAUGGCACCAGUCAAUGUGGGAUACAGUGAGACCGUCUAUGAGCUCAAGAAAAAUAUAAUCCAACUGCUGGGAAAGUGUGAGUCAACUUCUAACAACAUCUUGGAGUUCAGAGAGUGGAUAAACAGCCUGUGGACUGCAGUAAAACAUGAAAACUUCAUCUUCAGCUUCAGAAACAGCCUGGUAGCCGAUGCGUACAUGAUGCUCUGCACAGAGUACAACAAAUGGGAGUGGGAGUUCAAAAAAGAAAUGUACACCUGGGUUACAGAUGCAGAGACAAGAAUUUCUAAUUUUGGGACAGUUGCUGCAAAAACUGAAAUAUCUGAGCUGAGAGAAUACCUCACUGAGUUGAAAAGUGAAGCAACUACAGAACUGACCAAGUGGGAGACAAUGAUGCUUGAAAAUCUUAAUAAAUACUUUGAGCAGCCAGAAGGUCAUGUUUAUCUGGUUGAAAGAUACAGAGAGGAUUUCUCAAACAGCAUAAAGAGUCUGAGACGACAAACUGAAAGCUCAGUGUGUGACCAACUCACAGCAGCAGCUGACAUGAAACAGGGACUGAAAGAACUUGACAAAUUCAGAGCCACUUAUAUAAAAGAAAUCGAAAACGCAGUUUGUGCUUUAAUCGAUGAAUGUCGUAAGAAACAAGAGGAGAAGCCCACACUGAACACUUUGCUUCCCUGCAUCGACCAAAGGGUUUAG